ACAUGAUAGAAGUCUAGAGCUGCUUCCAAGGCAACACGUUGACACAGGUAUGGGCCUGGAGAGGAUGACGGCUGUGUUACAGGGGUCAAGGUCAAACUAUGACACUGACCUUUUCCAUCCUCUGUUCAGGAGAAUACAGAAGCUGACUGGGGCUCCAGCCUACCAAGGACUGACCGGCAAGUCUGACCCCCAUCAUACUGACCAGGCAUAUCGGAUCAUAGCUGACCACGCCAGGAUGAUGUCCAUAGCAAUAGCGGAUGGUUUGCUUCCAGGCCGAGAUGGACUGCAGCAUAAACUCCGCUUGAUAAUUCACCGAGCUAUUAGUGAGUUGGAGGUUACAUUCAGAACUGCAGAGACACGUAGUGGAGGCAUUCUGGGAGAUUUGUCCCAGGACGUUGUGGAAUCACUGGGAGAGACUUACCCUGAGUUGUCCAAGAACUCCUCUAAGAUCAGGGAUGUUCUCAAGCUGGCAGCAGAACAGUAUCAGCAACUUCAGAAGAGGAUAAAAUCCAAUAAAAUCCAUCAGUCUUCUGGUUCAAAUCAUACUCAAGUAGAAAAAUCGGAUGGAUUUUACCGCAGAGAGUUCCAAUGUGAGUCAGGUAUGAAGCAGGUGGAACUGUUCCUGCCAAAGUUAGCCGAGCUCCAGGAGAUGGGCGUGGCCAGAACCGAUGACACGUACAAGUACACGGUGUACUCCCGGACAAGUCAUGGCUAUGAUUUCUCGGGUUGCCAGGAGGUAGAGGGGACAGUUGUCGUCAUCAUUACAGGGGCGGAGCUGUGUGGGCGUGUCUCCAUGGGCAAGGUGUGUGGGGUGGUGCUGGACAGAACCUGCUUCUACUCCGAGUCUGGGGGUCAGGCCGGGGACACUGGCUAUCUCCGAACACAGCAUGGUGUGUUGGAGGUGCUCGAUGUACAGGAGCAUGCUGGGUACGUGGUCCACGUUGGCGUUGUGGUGGACGGGGAGGUCAUUCUGGGAGAGUCUGCACGGAUGGAGCUGGACCAGAUGAGGCGGGUGGGGCACAUGUGUAGCCACACAGGGACACACCUCCUGCAUGCAGUAUUGCGGACGGUGUUGCGGGACACAAAGCAGCUCGGGUCUGAUGUCCAGGACAACAAGUUCUCCUUCGAUUUUGCAUCAAUGGGCACGGUGAAUCAGGAACAAACAGCUGCCAUUGAGAGUCUGGUGCAACAACAUAUAGGUGAAGGUCACAGUGUGUCACGCCUGCAGAUGGAGCUGAACGCUGCCAUGGCGAUGGAGGACCUCACAAUGAUGGAGGAUGAGGACUAUCCGUCUCCUGUUCAAGUGAUUAGGAUUGGUGGGGAGUUAUCUCCCUUGACAUCUCUUGAGUUGUGUGGUGGAACUCAUGUGACCAACACCAGCGACCUUGACAGCUUCUGUGUGGUGAACCUAAAGGGCGUGGCACAGGGAAACCAAGAGGGCCACAUGUGUGACGGGGCAUGUAGCCAGACAGGCCAUAGAAAAAGGAGAAGCGCUGGAGUCAAGGUUGUCACAGCUGGUGUCAGAGGUCAAGUCUGGAGGGAACAUUGACUCAUGGAUGGAGAAGGUCAAGGACAUAAAUACAAGUUUGUCUCAAGACUUGUUGCCCAAGUUAGUGAGGGACCGGGUCCGGGAGGAGCUGGAUGUGACAGUGUCCAGGAUCAGGACGGAGCAGAACAAACUGCAGACAGCCUCCCUACAACAGGUGAGUGAGUGAGUGAGUGAGUGAGUGACCAGGUCCGGGUUCUGGUCGGGAGGAGCUGGAUGUGACAGUGUCCAGGAUCAGGACGGAGCAGAACAAACUGCAGACAGCCUCCCUACAACAGGUGAGUGAGUGAGUGACCGGGUCGGGAGGAGCUGGAUGUGACAGUGUCAAGGAUCAGGACAGAGCAGAACAAACUCGCCUCCCUACAACAGGUGAGUGAUUGAGUGAGGUAGGGAGGAUGGAUUAGUGAGUGAGGUAGGGAUAGGGAAGUGAGAGAUUGAGUGACUGAGGGUGGCUUGAACUGUAUAACAGUAGGAUAAAGAUUUUGUAGUUAGUUCACUUACAUGUUUCUGUAGUCACUUUGAUUAGAACACUUAGUACAGGUGGACAUAGAGUGAAGCAUCUUAUAGUGUGUAACACAUCUCACAUAUUGAGUUUUACACUCACUUAGUGUGGUGGUGGUGGUGGUGGUGGUGGUGGUGGUGGAUGGAGAUGUUGUGAGGGAAGUAGUUCAAACUUACAUCCCUCAUGUCUAGUAGUGUCAAGCAGGUAAUGGUCUCCUGGUGGCUUUCAGAUCAACAUUCUUGCCCCACACGGAAGAUCAGUUUGUAGGAAGCAUGUAAUUUUCUGACUAAACUUGAUAUUUUAUGCAUAUCCUGACUCAUGCUAAUUAUUCUUGUCUC